AUGGACGCUGAAAAGUUUACAUCUCAGAGCAAAAACUUCCCUAAGAAGAAGUGCGGUGUGCUCGGCGCGACUGGCUCCGUCGGCCAGCGCUUUAUCCUUCUUCUUGCGCUACACCCACACUUCGAGCUACACGCCGUUGGAGCCUCCGAGCGAUCAGCCGGCAAGAAGUACAAAGAUGCGGUCAAGUGGAAGCAGGCGCUGCCCUUCUCGGAGCGCAUUGGAGAGCUGGUGGUGAAGAAGUGCACACCUGAAGAGUUCAAGGACUGUGACAUGGUCUUCUCUGGUCUCGACAGCGAUGUUGCUGGAGACGUUGAGAUGGCCUUCCUCAAGUCCGAACUCGCCGUCUUCUCCAACGCAAAGAACUACCGCCGCGACCCUCUCGUGCCGCUCGUCGUACCCACUGUAAACCUCCCCCAUCUCGACGUCAUCAAGCACCAACGGCAACACCACAAGCUGGAGAAGGGUUUCCUCGUCUGCAACUCCAACUGCGCAGUCAUCGGUCUCGUCAUACCCUUCGCAGCGCUACAAGCCAAGUUCGGUCCCAUCGACCAAGUCUCCGUCGUCACAAUGCAGGCCGUGUCGGGCGCUGGGUACCCCGGUGUCAGCAGCAUGGACAUCAUCGACAACGUCGUGCCUUUCAUAUCGGGCGAGGAAGAUAAGCUUGAGACGGAAGCAUCGAAGAUCCUGGGUAGCGUCAACGACGACGUCACAGGAUUCGUGGAUCAGCCCAUGAAGGUAUCCGCAGCAUGCAACCGCGUGCCAGUACUCGAUGGCCACACUGCAUGUGUGUCGCUACGCUUUCAACGUCGCCCGCCACCGAGCGCGGAAGAGGUCAAGCAGGCAAUGCGCGAGUACGUGUCUGAUGCACAGAAGCUGGGUUGCCCGUCUGCGCCCGCGAAGGCGAUUGUGGUUAUGGAGGAGCCAGAUAGGCCACAACCAAGGCUGGACAGGGAGACGGAUAGGGGGUACGCGGUUAGCGUGGGUAGGAUAAGAGAGGAUGAGGCGGGUAUCUUCGAUCUCAAGUUCGUUGCAUUGAGCCACAACACUGUCAUUGGAGCGGCGGGGUCAUCGAUAUUGAACGCAGAGGCGGCGGUGCUGAAGGGGUAUGCUUAG